CUAAAAUCCAAAUAAACUCCAAACAGCAACCACACACACAACACCGAAAAGAGAGAAAAAGAAAAAUCUCUUCAUAUCUCCUGUUAAUCAGACCUCCGAUCAUCUCCUCCGAUGGCGGCCGUGCUCGAGUGCGUCAGCGUUCCACGUGCUUCGGCUUCUCCGGCUUUUUCGCCGGCCAAACUUUCGUCUUCUUCGGUUUCUUCGAUCUCUGCUCGGCGGAGAUUGCUGCAAUUCAAAGGCCUUAAAGUGGUUCCUACUCGCUCGUUUGGAUCGGUGAGUCAUCGUCAGAGUUCGAGCUUGAAACUUGGCCGCGGUGGACGAAUCGUUUGCGAGGCUCAAGAAACGGCCGUUGACGUGCCUGCAGUCUCUGAUUCAACAUGGCAAUCACUUGUACUGGAAUCUGAACUCCCGGUUUUGGUUGAAUUCUGGGCUCCGUGGUGUGGACCCUGCCGGAUGAUCCACCCAGUAAUUAAUGAGCUCUCCAAACAGUAUGCCGGGAAGCUUAAAUGCUACAAAGUGAAUACUGAUGAGAGCCCUUCAAUUGCUACUCGAUAUGGGAUUCGGAGCAUCCCAACUGUUAUUAUAUUCAGGAAUGGGGAUAAGAAAGACACAGUCAUCGGUGCUGUUCCUAAAUCCACUUUAACCACCAGCAUAGAGAAAUUCUUAUAGACAUGAUAAGGAAAGAGCACCUUUGCUGGAAAUUCUCGCUUUGUGGCAUUUGUUUGUUUUGGGUUGUAGCUUCCAGUGCCCUGAGAUGAGAUACUUUGCUCUGACAAUAAAGUUCUAUCUGCACCUGUAUAGUCAUUAGAUGCAACUGUAUGUUUUGAUUUCUUAGUAAAGUUAGUUGCUUAUAUAUUUUCUUACUUAUAUUAUAUGAUUGUCUCUCUUGGAA